CCCCAAAGUGAUCUCUUCCCGGGCCUGUGGAACCUGAAGCAGAACUGAUGGGCGGGAUAAAAUGAAAGAGACAACCAAACACCUCCCUCAAGAGAAGACGGGACCAAUCCGCCCGGGAAAGGGAGGAGGGAAGUUUAGCCAAUAAGCAGGAGAGACUGGCCUGGACAUAACAUACCUACCAAUAAGAAACUGAGGUCUGUCUUCCAAGUUCACGGGGGGGGGGUCACUCAAGCAGAUGCUGACCAAUGAUCUUAGAGGCCGAGCCAAGCUAAACCAAUCAGAGGGCCGAUCUGACCUCGGCACCGUUAGUGGGGAGCGGCCUCCGAGCUCACGUCAGGAGAAGGCCCCUGGCCUUCCAAUGUGGUACUGGGGCAAAUUCUAGUCCUCCCAAUCCGUGCUCGGCGCAGGCAAUUCAAACUGACAGCGGGUUAGAGAAAGCGGAAGAAAGAGUGAAGCCCGGCGUGUUCGGUGACUGACGCCAGGUGCGGACGGAACUUAAGCCGCGGCCUCUCAUCCAAUACCACUGCCCACUCCGGAGCGACCGCUGCCGGAAAAACCUUAAGGGUCACGGGCGGCGAUUGCUGAGGGAGCGAGGACGCCAAGGGCCGUGGUGCAAGGGAGGGGACGCGCGGCCUAGCUCGGAGAAGGGGGCGCGGGACAGGGCCGAAGCCGGCGUGCCCUGAGUGGCGUUGAAUCCUGCGAAGAGGCCGCGUGGAGCAGAGCAGGGAUCGGAGCGCUCUGCAGGCAAGACUCGCACUGGGAGUUGUCCGAGAAGCGAAGCUUUAAAGGGUAGAGCCCCUUGGGAACAGGUGGGAAUCUUUGAAUUCCGGGGCGGGAGCUGAAGAGCUGAAGAUUCUUGGAGUCCAGAGAAAGUGAACGGCGUUGUUCCCUUCAGCUCCACUUGUCUCUCCCCACCUCAAACUCCAUUCCCUUUCCCACCCCAAGCCAAAAGCAAGAAAAAUUUGCUGUUCCCAUUUAAUAAAUACUAAUUUUACCUUCCCACCAAGAAAACAACUCUCUUCCCAGUUUUAGAGCUUAAAGAACUCAAAGCCUUCCGACUUGGCUUGUUAACCUGGGGGAAUCAAAGUACGAAGGGUUAUUGCUUGUUCCCUCUUUCAAAAUUCUGCACCUCGUUCUACGUGGGACGCUAUGUCUACCAACAACUGUAAUUUCAAGGACCGAUGUGUGUCCAUCCUGUGUUGCAAAUUCUGUAAACAAGUUCUCAGCUCUAGGGGAAUGAAGGCUGUUUUGCUGGCUGAUACCGACAUAGAUCUUUACUCUACAGACAUCCCUCCUACCAACACAGUGGAUUUCAUUGGAAGAUGCUAUUUCACAGGAAUCUGCAAAUGUAAACUGAAGGACAUCGCAUGUUUAAAAUGUGGGAACAUUGUAGGCUAUCAUGUGAUUGUUCCAUGUAGUUCCUGCCUUCUUUCCUGCAACAAUGGACACUUCUGGAUGUUUCACAGCCAGUCCGUUUAUGGUAUUAACAGACUAGACUCCACUGCUGUCCUGUUCUCCCCAAAGUCCUUCGUGACCACCUCUGGAGGGACUCCCACUUUCCUGCCACUAACAGAUUUAUCGCUUGGACUUAGGAGCACAUACAGACCUCCCCCUCUCCUGGUUUCCAGGGAUCUGAGAAGAGUGCCUCUGAGCCACCAGGAAGCUGACAGAUGCAUGAUGGACAAUGACUGUGAGUCUCACUUCAGGGAUUGUUCACUGGCUGAAUGCCAGCUCUGUUCUAUUCUUGCUUAUGCCAGUUUUCCCUGCCAGCCUCAGGAACCUAGACAUGGCAUAUGAAAAGGAAAGAGACUG